AUGGUGGUGAUGCUCGUGCUCGUGCUGUCGGCGUGGUCUCGAGGCGGGGAGGCGCGUGUCCGGCUCAACUCCAUCAGGACGGUGAUCCUGAGGGAAGGGCACGCGCUGCCGGUGAACCGGAGCACGUGGGAGCCGAGUCUGGACCUGACGCUCUACCAGUGCAUGAGCGACCUGGAGUGCAGCGAGGGCAGCUACUGCCACGCCCCCAGCAAAGGCCCCGCCCACUCACGGUGCCAGACCUGUCACAGGAGGAAGAAACGCUGCCAUAGGGAUGGAAUGUGUUGCCCCGGAAACCGCUGCAGCAACAAUAUCUGUGUCCCUGACGUCGACAGUUUUAUAACUCAGACGAUCCCAGGCUCUGACGGAGGUUUGAGUCUGCUGUCCAAAAAGAAAGGAUGGAAGAAGAGAGGAAGAGUGGACAUGAAAGGGACAAGCGGUAAAGGUCAGGUCGGGGAUCCUUGUCUGCGCUCGACCGACUGCUCGGACAGUUUGUGCUGCGCCCGACACUUCUGGACCCGCAUCUGCAAGCCGGUGUUGAGGGAGGGACAAGUUUGCACGAGACACCGACGGAAACGGAACCACGGCCUGGAGCUGUUCCAGCGAUGCCCGUGUGCUGACGGGCUGGGCUGCCGGACGCUGCGAGAGCCCGGCGCCAAGCCUUCAUCGUCGCUGUUGUCUUCCUCAUCAUCGCUCCUGGCGGCGGCGGCGAAGUCCAAGUUUGCAUCUGCUCCUUCCCACCACUCGUCUCCUCGCUCGGCCUUGUCGCCUUCGACCUCUUUGUCGUCAACAAAGUCGUCGUCGCUGUCAGCCGUGGCAAAAACCAGACUUCAUGUUUGUCAGAAGGACUGAGGAGGGGAAGGACGGACGUAGAGAAAGAAAGAGGGGAUGAUGGAGGCAGGGAAGAGCUGCGUCUCUUUGCCGGUGACAGAGUCCAGAGACAGAGUCAGGUGGUGUGAGAGGCGACCAAUGAAAACCUUUUUUACACCUGUGAAUACAACAACCCCCAAAACUGUCCCACGACCUCGAUGCUAAUUCGCUUCCUGUCAGUCUGCAUUCACACUCAGCCGCAUGUGAAACCCUUUGUGGUUCAGAUCUGGUUUCCUCCCGGUGUCUAGACGAUCAGAAACCACUUUAAAGUCCGGUUUGACUCCAUUUACACCAACAGGAAAACCGGAGUCUGUUGUGAGGCUUCCAGGAUCCAAAGAUCUCAAUCAAGUGCUUUUAUUUUGGAAAAACACAUUUCCAUUAUGUUCUGAAAAACACAUUUCAGAACAUAAUGGAAGUAAGAAAGUAAAGAUAUAUUUUAUGCUAACACUAACUUAUUGAGCUGCUCCCCCCGCGACCAGACCCCGGAUAAGCGGAUGAAAAUGAGAUGAGACUAACUUAUCGAUGGAGCAGCUCUAUUAAACCUCUUGUCACCAUAUUCUGUUUGUUUUUUUAAGAUUAGUUGCAGAUAUAUUAUAAAAAUAUUUGAUUUAUCCAAUGAUAUAUCAAAUACUAUUUUGAUUAGUGUUAAUACAUUUUUAAACUUCAGUAACCCGGUGGUGCUUUUCGGCACGUAGCCACUAAAAUGUGAUAAAUUCAUUAGAGCUGCUCACAUUAGCCAAACUCAAGGUGGACGGUUGACCAGGAUUCAUUUACAUGUAUGAAAUGAAUUUGUAUUUUCUCCACUGAAACUCCCGUUGAAACACCUGAACCACAAAUACACAUUCCAACGCCUCUGUAGUCUGAAACAAUUUGCAUCUGACUCUGGAAACGGUGGAGAUCACAGAGAUGCUAAUGUGAGGGACGUCAAUAGUCUGGACGUCAAUAGAAACUCUUUGAAUCCUCAUUCACCUGCGUAGCGAUAAAACAUUGAAUCCUCGUUAGAGGCCGGAGGUUUGUCCUGUUGGAUUUGCACUGUUGUUAGUGAGAGAGUUAUUUUUCUAUUAGUGGUUAUAUUUCUGAUUAAUGUUGGUGAGAUGAUUUGUUUGUUAACG